AUGGCUGUCUCCCCAACUACCACCCAGGUUGCAGAGCCCCAGAAAGUAGUCGAGGCAACCACCAACAAUGCCGCUGCUGCACCCAGGAAAAGGAGAAGAAGGGCGCCUGCCACCGGAGCCACCGAGGAUUGCUUUUCCUGCAAGAAACGACAACUCAAGUGUGAUCGUCGACGCCCCUACUGUGGCCAAUGUGUCGAGAUUGGCAAAGAAUGCUCUGGCUACCGCACGACUCUGACCUGGGGUGUUGGCGUGGCAAGUCGUGGCAAGCUUCGAGGCAUGUCUUUGCCAAUUGCAAAGUCACCACCCGCGUCCAAGAUGAACCGACCUCAAGCCCGCCGCGGUCCUCUGCAGAGAUUGCAGACAACGCUUCACACGCCAUACGAAGAGAACGGGAUGUCAGCCUCGUCAGCCUCGCUCGGCACCUAUAGCGAUAGUGACUUUCCUUCUCCCAGUGACUACCCACAGACUCCAGUCGACGAGUUCCCAUUUGCGGACCCUUCCAUACCUCGUUACUCUUCCGUCAGUUCCCACGACCAAGGGCCGUUCGGCUCACUGGAUAGUUUCUUCCUCAACGAAGCUGCUCGCUCGCUCCCCAUGGCUGACGACAUGAGUUCGAGUGUAAGCUCAGAUCAGAGCAUCCAUGACUACGUUGAAGUCAAUUCUGCUCAGCAAAACAUGGGCCCACCAGCAUACCCAGAUAUUUUCAGUGAAGGAGAGAUGAGUUCGAGUUUUACUGGAUUCCAACCAGGUUUCUCCUUUCUCCCCUCGGAGGCAAUGCAACACGAGGAGCUCCAGAACGCCAUUGCGGCUCUGGCGACAAACAACAUGCGCAUGCGAGGUGGCAUUGAGGGACGACGAUUGAGUCUGCCACAGGACUAUCGGCUGAUCCCAGAUCAUGCUUACUCUCAAAUGACCGCUCGCGAGCUUCGUGAGAUGCACGGUCAAGCUACCGCCGAAGAGAAGCACUACAAGACAAACUCCAUCGCACUCCUCAACAAGAAACUGGUCGACUACAGCGGCUCGCAAGACGACUCUGUACUUGCCACACUUCUCAUACUAUGUCUUUUUCACGUCUGCGAUUCGGGAUUUACAAAGUUCAAGACACAAUUAGCGGGCGUUCAGAAGCUUUUGAGCUUACGGGACAGGAGUGUACAAUCGGACUUUGUUGGAUGGAUUGAAACGUUUUUUACGUGGUUUGAUGUAAUGACAGCUGCUGUCAACGAUCGCGAGAUCGAGGUGCGAGGGCACUCCCUCGACAUGAUGAAUUUGGGCUCCAAUUUGGGUCAGAUGGAGCACCAUUCGGGCUGCGAGGGUCGAUUAUUCAAGCUCAUCGCACGACUCGGAAGACUCAAUCUUCUGAGCCAGAACCGACCCGUCCGCGACAAUGAUGAUACGCCGACCUCAUCACCCCGGCCCAAAAAGCUCAACGACUUUUACUCCUUCAAUUUUGACAACGUUGACGGCAACGGCUGGGGUACGCCAAUUUCCGAGCAGCCAAACUCCAUGUCCCCGUCUGCGCGCGAGGAUCCCCGUUCUGCUUUCUGGACGGAAUGGAAUGACCUCCGAAUCCGACUACAGGAGUGGGAGUUUGGCGAUGCUGGGGAGGUCCCUGCAGACUCGUGUGAUGCAACAUCCUCCAUGCUUCUCAUGUCACCUGCGCAGGCGGCCUUGUUCCACAUCAGUGAGAGCUUCCGCUAUGCUGCACUCCUCUACAUUGAGCGCCUAGCACACCCAACAUUGCCGGCCGGAGCACACAACUUCCAAAACCUUGUUGCGCAAGGCCUGUACCACAUCUCGCAGAUUGGCAUCACAAGCUGCGUGAACAAGUUUCUUCUCUGGCCACUCUUCAUCGUAGGCACAGAGUGCGUGGACCACGAGCACCGCGCUGUUGUACGACAGCGAUGCGUGGAGAUCCAGCGUGAGAGUGGUUUCUUCAACAAUCUCAGCGGCCUGGAAGUCCUUGAACGCGUGUGGCGCGACGAUGACGACUGGGUCGCCAACGAAGGCGACGGUGACGUGCCUAUGCAUCCACCUCAAAGGCCCGGGCCAUUCGGCACUCUACAACAGGCGUUCAGGUGGAGAAAAGCAAUGAAUCGUAUCGAUGGAGAGUACAUUGUGAUCUGA